UAAGGUGGCAACAUUUACUCUAUUCUUAAGAGCUAACAUGUGGUUUGUAUCAAGGAUAUGAAUAUGAAAGAUAUAAAGGCAAGUGGAAUAUCUGGUGUUAAUUUUACCAACUGGUCUAAAACCUUCAGCUGUGUGCCGGAAUUGUUGUUUGCACCCAAGACAAAUGACGAAAUUGCUCAAAUUCUUGCAUUGGCUACAGAUGAAAAAAAGCAUGUGCGUGUUGUUGGAUGUGGACAUUCACCAUCAGACAUAGCAUGUACAGAAGAUUAUAUGAUUAGUUUACAGCAUAUGAACAAAGUUGUUGAGGUAAAUCAUAUACUAGCAGAUGAGCCGGGCAUUUCUCGGGCAAAAAUGAUUUCUAAAUAUAACAGGGAUGAGCAAACUGUUAUCAGAGGAGCCAAAUAUGGUAAAAUUGCAGCUUUAAAUGGGGUGGUUUGUAUUGAGGAGGCCACUAAGGUGCAUUCCUUGAUGAAAGAAUCAGUCGUGUGGAUCAUCCAAUUACAUCCAGGAGUAGCCUCGAUAAAUCAAACAAAAUCUGCUCUUCUGCAGUUAAAAAGUUGGUUAGAUAACACUCCAAAUAUAUAUGUUCAUGUUCCUGUUGAAGUCAGAUUUGUGAAAAGUGAUGAUAUAUAUAUAAGUCCAGCAUAUGGAAGAGAUACAUGUUAUAUUAAUAUAAUAAUGUACAGGCCUUAUAGUAGAUCAGUAUUAUACGAAGAAUAUUGGGAAGCUUACGAAACAAUUAUGGGAAGUGUUGGGGGACGACCUCAUUGGGCAAAAGCUCACAAAGUAACCGCUCCAGAAUUCGUAAAAAUGUAUCCAUGCUUCAACACGUGGUGUAGCAUCAGAGAAAAAUUAGACCCCACAAAUAUGUUUGUUAAUCCUUAUCUCAAAAGGAUUUUUACAUUUUAAAAUUGCUAAUAAUAGUGCAUUUAUCCAAUACUUUUAGUUUUUAUUUAUGACAUGUAAAUAAUCAACAGAAUCAUGUGUUGUAGAUGAGCUAAAUAAUUUUACACAGAUAGACGUGAUAUAGGAUUUCGAAUUUUUUUAGAAAGAAACUUUAUUACGAAUUUAUAAACAAAAAUAUACAGUUUAUUCUUGGCAAUAUAUCUUAAAUUAUUAUUUCAAAAAUCUGAUUUUAGUGAUUAUUCUGUGCUUUUGUUUAUACAAAUUAAUCAUUUAUAGUUUGUGAUAUGCAGGAUGUCUGAAAAGAAGUGAUGGAUUACAAAAGGUAUUAGCAUUCAGGAAAAUAGACCCAACAUACAAUUUUCAGUAACCAUUAGUGAAACUUCAAAAGUUUGUUCUGCAUUACAAAAACAGAGGGUGUACUUUGCUAAAAGUAGAACUUUUGAGUGAAACUUUUUUUAACUGAUGGAUGGAGUAAGAGAGACCAGCUCAGUCACCACAUUGCUCCCCUGACAUAAUUUAGACUUUUUCUUGUUGGGUUAUGCAAAGAAUCUGGUUUAUCAAACACCUGUUACAGAUAUUGAAAUAUUAAAAGGUUGCAUAAUAAAUGCAGUUGGAACUUACUCAAGGUAUAUUAUGCCUGGGCGGAGAUUGUCUGCAUAAUGUGAGAAUAAGAACAUAGAAAAUAUUGAGAUUUUUUAAAGUUGAGAAAUUUUUGUGUUGUUCACUAAUUAGAGCAAACUAUGUGAUUGUAUCUAUUUUCGUAAAAUAAAUGAGUUUCUGUAAUCUGUUAGUUCUUUGUUGGACAUCCUGUGUUAGUAACAUACAAAUACAACCAUUUUUUCACUAUAAAUUUUUGCAUUAUGUCUAUACAAAACUGAUAGUUCAUCAGCUGAAAGAUACCUGUUAUUGCUCAUUUAUAUCUGUGCAAUAAAGUUUAUUUUUCUUUUAAGCUUCAAAGGAAAUGAUCCAUUACAACGAAUUACAUUUUUUUAAUGGAUCAUUUCCUCUCACCAAAUACUAUUUCAAAAACAAUCAUAGCAAGUUUAACAGUUAGCUGUUAAAUUUUUUUAAUAACUUCAACAUUUUUUUUUUUAUAUUUUGGAAUUACCUUGAGAAUUACUUUUUUAAUUUGGGAAAAAAAUAUUGAAACUUUUUAUAAAUGAAUGAAUAUAUUAAAGUCUAAAUACAAACAGAAUAGCGCAUAUUUUUUAGAAGCACUAGUUUAAUUUAAACAAUUGUUUA